AUGUCGAAAAUGGCUUCGGUUUCAAUCACCACAUCCUUAUCUCGGCUUUCUCUGUUUCAUCUCACUAGAAAACCCUACAUAUCACCUUCUUCACUCUCAUUUUCUUACUUCUCAAAUCCCUAUAAACAAAAGGAUCGAACGCAGUUUAGGUUGUAUUCAAUGGCAUCAUCCAACUCAAAGGAAUCAGCUGCCAAUAACCCUGGGCUUCAUACUACUCCGGAUGAAGCUACCAAAGGCUAUUUCAUGCAGCAAACUAUGUUUCGAAUUAAGGAUCCAAAAGUCAGCCUUGAUUUUUACUCCCGUGUAUUGGGCAUGUCGCUGCUUAAGAGGGUGGAUGUUCCGGAAUUAAAGUUUUCCCUGUACUUUUUGGGCUAUGAGGAUGUUUCAAAAGCCCCAAGUGACCCAGUUGAUAGGACAGCUUGGACCUUUGGAAAACCAGCUACUAUUGAACUAACGCAUAAUUGGGGUACUGAAAGUGAUCCAGAAUUCAAAGGAUAUCACAAUGGGAAUUCAGAACCUCGUGGCUUUGGUCAUAUUGGCAUCACUGUGGAUGAUGUAGUCAAGACAUGUGAGAGAUUCGAGCGCCUUGGAGUAGAGUUUGUCAAAAAAUUAGAUGCAGGCAAAAUGAAAUGGAUAGCGUUCAUCAAGGAUCCUGAUGGUUACUGGAUUGAAAUCUUUGAUGUGAAAACUAUUGGGAAAGUAAUUAGCAGUUGUUCCUGAGCGAGUACAUCAGGUAUCUUUUUGAGGAGGAGGAUGGCAUAUGAAGGUUUUAUCUAAAUGUUCCAGUUUCAGAAUAUGAUCUUCCAGAGACAUAAAAUUUUAGUUGUAUUCCAGUUAUUCUGGUCUUUGUCGAACAGAACAAUGGGAGAUUAUUACCGUGGCAGAUAAUAUGUGGUCUUUGUGAAACCAAUGCCGCCUUUGUGUUAUGAAUUUUCCCAUACCAUCCUAAAUAUAUGGUAAUAAA